AUGUUUACGCUACUCCUGUUGUUCCUGGCUGUGUCAGGCCUCCAGGCUGCUCCAGUCGUAGCCCCCAAAGGUUUGCAGAAGUCGACCCACCAACUCCCCGAUGGCUCUCGACAGGGUACUGAGCCUUCCAGAAGAAUCCUGGUUAAUCUCGACACCGGCCUGGUGCAGGACCACAUCAGUGAGAUGGAAAGGAGAAGGAUCCCAGACGGUUUCAGGCAAGGAACCGAACCCGUGAAGUCGAUCCCCAACGGUUUUAGACAGGGAACGGAACCCGCGGUGUCAGCCUCUGACCUCAGAAUAGUAGCAGAGCCUUUGAAGUCAAUGCCAGCGGGUUUCAGGCAGGGAACCGAACCCGUCCACUCCAUCCCUGAUGGUUUCAGACAGGGAACUGAAAACGUGAAGUGGAUCCCAGCCGGUUUCAGACAGGGAACCGAACCCGCUCUUACGAUCCAAGAGGGCUUUAGACAGGGAACAGAACCGUCCUCCUCCAGAUUCGAACAACAGACAGUGGCGUGUAAGGGGGAGAUCAUCAAUGGAAACUGCUAUGAGUUCAACCCCACACCACUGGCCUUCCAGGAUGCACAGGAACGGUGUAGAGCUCUUGCCCCAAAUGCUGAGCUUGCAUCUGUAACCAGUGUUGAUCUGCAUUCCCGACUGGUUUCUCUGGUGACCAAGGGUGGCGAGAGCCAUCCUGUGUUGACCUGGCUGGGAGCCACCAUCAAGAACCAGCAGGCGUCGUGGGUGGACGGGUCACAGUGGAGCUACAGCGACUGGAUGCCGGGUCACCCUAACGUUCACACUGACAAACCUGUCUGUGUGGAGAUGUUCAAGAUAGAUGAGAGCUGGUGGACUGCCGCCGACUGUGAACUGAAGAGAGCCUCCAUCUGCUCGUAUCAGAUCACUGCAUGAAAACCACAAAGAGA